AAAUCUCCAAAAUCGAUGGGCGACGCCGCCGCCAACGGCCGGAAUCGAGGUCGGCUGGCCUCGAUUCUCCUCGCCCGGCAACCACGCUUCACCGACAGCAGCAACGAUACCACGGCCACAGCCAAAUCCAAAGAUGGCUACACCAUGGCGGUCUCCUUCUGGAUUGCCGACCCACCCCAAUUGUCUCUCUUCUCCAUCCACUGCUCCAAGCCCCCUGGUUCGCGGCACACAAUGUACCCCGAUUUCUUAGCUUUGCCACAGGUGGUCGGCGCGGACGGCCCUUUCGUCCUUCUCCGCGCCGGCUUCUACGCCGGCGCCGGCAGUCGCGAAUAUUUUCUGUACAAUGCCGCCGGUGACGCUCCCCCGUCGCUCGAGCGGAUUCCUACUCCCGACGAGUUUGGCUCUGAUGGUGAUGAUCUGCGCGGGGUCAGGGAGUUUGGCAUCCUCGGUCACGGGGGCCACUAUCUCGUGGCCGCUCUCCGUGAUGCACCGUCGUCAUCGGACGACGACUAUCAGCUUCGAAUCUACUCGUCGGAGAGAAAAUCAUGGAGCACUAGGACGCUGCAGAAUCCAUGUCCCGGGGUCGAUAGGGUUAUAGCCGACAAGGUGAUCACGCUUGGACAAGGUGGCUUACUAGGGUGGGUUGAUUUGUCGCACGGUUGUGUGCGACUUGAUUCGUCUUCAAGAUCCCGAUCCCACUGGUGGUGGUGGUGGUUUAAGUUUCUUCAUCCCGAUGCCUGAGCUGUUGCCUGGAAACAGGUACAAAGAAAAAUAUCCCAUUCCCCCCACCAAAAAGAUGAAGAAACACCCUUUAGUGGAGGAACCACCCCGCUCAGCAAGCUGGUUUCGGGAUCUCGCAUGC